AUGAGUAGAUAUUUUAUUACACUUAAAAGUUACAGAAAUCUGGCUUGUGGGAACAUGUCUUCCUUUUCCCUCUCGUGAUUCAAAUGGCGAAAACCCCAUAAACCCUAACAUCUGGCGCUACUAAGUGAUCGUCAUGUUUUCUUGCGGAACGAAGAAGAGCAAUGCUCGCGUUCGGAGAGAGCAAGGUCGCGGUUCGGCGGUGGCAGAUUCUCCGGUGACUCCUGCACGAGCCUCUUUCAACGACAGCGCCGUUCCAAAUCGCCCUAGCUCCGGCACUCCUGCUCCUUGGGCUCCUCGUUUAUCUGUCCUUGCUAGGGUUCCUCAGGUCAACCGAAGUGGAAAAGGAGACGACGCUGAUCCUACCAAACCUGUUUUCGUCGGCGAGUUUCCGCAAGUGGUUCGAGAUGAGCAGAUAUUUUGCUGCACAGGAAUGCCUGCCAAUGAUCGCGCGUGUGGUGGGAUUGACAAGUGCACAUCACUCGCCUGGAUUAUUUGCGGGAACAGGGUCUACCUAUGGAGUUAUCUGUCCCCGGCAUCCUCCGUGAAAUGUGUGAUCCUUGAAAUUCCUCUGAAUGAUGGUGACGUUAGCAUAAAUGACGCUGGUAGUUGGUUGCUUCGUGUUGUUAAUUGUGAUGUCGCGUUUAUGGGAAGGAAUGAGUCCAAACAGUGCACCUCUGCUGCUGUAGUUUUGUGUAAUUGUCAAACUCGGGCUGUUUUUUAUUGGCCAGACAUUUAUUCUCAGCCGCUUGCUCCGGUAACUAGUAUAGCAUCUGCCAGUGAGCUGCGGGCUGUUUUUACUUCUGAUGGGAAAGCUUCCUUCAACAGGCAGCGGCGACAAAGUAAACUAGCAAGUGGUUUGAGUGGAUUGUUCACGUUUAACUCAAUGAUUGCUUCUAGCGUUCCCAAUCGUAAGUUUGCAUGUGUUGCCCUUGCGUGUAGCUCAAGUGGUGAGCUCUGGCAGUUUCAAUGCACUCCUACUGGCAUUGACCGAAGGAAAGUGUUUGAAAAUAUUAUGCAUUUCCAACCUCAACGGGGUGAAUCAGUUCAAACUGUGAGCAAUGUGGGGUACCCAAGGUCUCUGACUUGGGGUUGCCCGCAUUAUUCUAUUCAGGAGACAAAUAGGCAGUUCUUGAUAUUGACGGACCAUGAGAUACAGUGUUUCAAAGUAGAGUUUGAUUGUGAUAUACCUGUUUCUAAGCUUUGGUCUCAGGAAAUUGUUGGAACUGAUGCUGAGGUUGGUAUUAAGAAGGAUCUGGCUGGUCAAAAGAGAAUAUGGCCUCUUGAUAUGCAAGUAGAUGAUCAUGGUAAAGUCAUUACUAUUCUUGUUGCAACCUUCUGCAAUGACCGAAUUAGCAGUUCAAGCUACAUGCAGUAUUCUCUCCUUACCAUGCAAUAUAAAUCAGUGCUGGGUUUAGAGACAACAAAUGACAAGGUUUUGGAGAAAAAAUCCCCUUUUGAGGUGAUAAUGCCAAAAGCUAGAGUUGAAGAUGAGGAUUUCUUGUUUUCCAUGAGGCUUCGGAUAGGGGGCAAUCCUCCAGGCUCUGCAGUCAUAAUAUCUGGGGAUGGAACAGCAACUGUCUCCCAUUAUUAUAGAAACUCUACACGACUCUAUCAGUUUGAUUUACCCUAUGAUGCUGGUAAAGUGCUAGAUGCUUCAAUCCUUCCUUCUGCAGAUGAUUAUGAAGAAGGUGCAUGGGUUGUAUUGACAGAGAAAGCAGGAAUAUGGGCAAUACCAGAGAAAGCUGUCAUUCUUGGAGGGGUGGAACCACCUGAGAGAAGCUUAUCUCGGAAAGGCAGCUCUAAUGAAAGAUCUGCACAAGAAGAGAUAAGAAAUCUUACAUUUGCAGCUAAUGUUGCUCCCAGAAGGGCUAGCUCUGAAGCAUGGAGUGCUGGGGAUAAACAGAGGACGGUUUUGAGUGGGAUUGGACGACGAAUUGCUCUAGAUGAAGAAUCAGAAGCUUUGUUGAAUAAUCUUUUCAAUGAAUUUUUAUCAUCUGGUCAAAUUGAUAGGUCUCUUGAAAAGCUAGAAACUUCUGGUUCAUUUGAAAGGGAUGGCGAAACCAAUGUUUUUGUACGGAUGAGCAAAUCAAUUGUAGACACCCUAGCUAAACACUGGACAACUACCAGAGGUGCAGAGAUUUUAGCCAUGGCUGUUGUUUCCACCCAACUCUUAGAAAAGCAGCAGAAACAUGAAAAGUUUCUUCACUUUCUUGCCUUGUCCAAAUGCCACGAAGAGCUGUGUUCUAAGCAGAGACAUGCCUUGCAAAUUAUUUUAGAGCAUGGUGAAAAGUUAUCUGCAAUGAUUCAGCUGAGGGAGCUACAAAAUCUGAUCAGCCAAAAUCGAUCAACUAAUGUUGACUCCCCAAAUUCUAGUUUGGACAUUCAGAUGUCAGGUGCCCUUUGGGACAUGAUACAGUUAGUUGGUGAGCGAGCUCGUCGAAACACUGUCCUUUUGAUGGAUAGAGAUAAUGCAGAAGUUUUCUACAGUAAGGUUUCAGAUCUUGAAGAUCUCUUCUACUGCUUAGAUAAAGAGUUAGAAUAUGUAAUAAGACCGGAACACCUGUUAAUGAUCCAGACAAGGGCAUGUGAACUCUCUACUGCAUGUGUUACCGUAAUUAGGACAUGCUUCAACUAUAAUGAGCACAGAUUAGGGUAUCCUCCACUCUAGGGUUUAACUCCUUGGUAUUGUCAACCUAUUGUACGGACUGGGAUUUGGAGUGUUGCUUCUGUCCUGCUGCACUUGUUAAGUGAAACAUCUGGACUUGAUAAAACCUCAAAAUUGGACUUGUAUAAUAAUUUGGAAGCACUAACUGAAGUUCUGCUUGAGGCAUAUUCUGGAGCUGUUACAGCAAAGAGUGAGCGUGGAGAAGAACGCCAAGGUCUGUUAAAUGAAUACUGGGAGAGACGAGACACCCUUCUUGAAUCUCUAUAUCAAAAAGUUAAAGAAUUUGAAGAGGCUCACAAGGGCCUGAGACUCGAUGGGGGAUUUAGUUACUAUGUCUUUAAGAAACUCCAUGAAAGCAGACAAUUUUCUCAACUUUUAAGGCUAGGGGAAGAAUUUCCCGAAGAGCUAUCCAUUUUCCUGAGGGAGUAUCAAGAUCUUCUAUGGCUUCAUGAUUUGUUCCUUCAUCAAUUUUCCUCUGCUUCAGAAUCACUUCACACAUUGGCGCUCACACAAAACAUGCAUUCUAAUUCAGUCGCUGAAGAGAAAGGAGAACAGGAGUGUCCGAAGAUGAAACUAAAAUUGACUGACAGAAAAAAUCUUUUAUAUCUAUCUAAGAUUGCUGCCUUUGCAGCUGGCAAGGAUGCUGGUACUCAAGUCAAGGUCGACCGCAUUGAGGCUGAUUUGAAGAUUCUAAAAUUACAGGAGGAAGUAAUGAAGCGUUCUCAUCCAUUGAGGAUACGCAACUAUUUCAAGAUGAGCCGCUUCAAUCCUCUAGACUUGAUUAACUUGUGUCUGGAAAGUGAAGAUCAAGAGUUAACUCUGUGGGCCUUUGACGUUUUUGCAUGGACUAGUUCCUCGUUUCGGAAGAUAAACAAAAGCCUUUUGGAGGAUUGUUGGAAAAAAGCUGCUAGUCAGGAUGAUUGGAGUAAAUUCCACGAUUCAAACAGAGCUGAAGGAUGGAGUGACCAGGAAAUUCUGCAAAACUUGAAAAAUACCAUACUUUUCCAGGCUUCAAGUAGGUGUUAUGGACCUCGAAGUGAAACAUUUGAAGAAGGGUUUGACCAAGUAUUGCCCUUGAGGCAAGAAAACAUGGAAGGCGGUUCAGUUGAAACAAUAUUAAUGCAGCACAAGGAUUUUGCAGAUGCUGGCAAACUUAUGCUAAUGGCAAUAAUGCUUGGUAGCGAACAUGGUGGUGACAUGAGAAUGGAAGAAGGGCCUUCCCCAAUGGAUUAGCGUGACUAGAGAUCAUUCCUAACAAGUUGGUGUAGGUUUUGUGCACAAGCAUGACAUCUGGAAUAUGCAUUUGUUGUUGUGAUCGUUCCUCUUCCAUGCACUGCAUUCCCAGCAUUACCUGCAUGAGCAAAUUGGUGAAUGGUAAUGCCGUAAUCACAACAAAUUACGCGCCAAUAUCGAAAGUGAAAUGCUUCCUUGCAUACGGUUUUUGCAUACUACCCCUGAAACAUAAUUGUUUGGUAAAUGAAAAAUUGUGAUUUUUUUCUAUAUUCAAAACAAAAAGAGCAGUGUAAGAAUGGGGCAAUUAAAAUGCCUUGCAAAUAACAUUGUUGAUAUUGAAAUCGAAAUUAACUGGAUCAUAUCAUUGCAGGUACAUCAAAUGAAAAAAAGAUGGUGUUUUUAUCA